AUGACCACCAGCGCAGAGAUCAGGGGUCGGCGGCCCGGAGUCGGAGUAGGAGUAGUGGUGACUAGUUCUAAUCAUCCUCACUGUGUCCUUCUAGGGAAAAGAAAAGGGUCGUUUGGAGCUGGCAGUUUCCAACUUCCUGGGGGUCAUUUAGAGUUCGGUGAAAGCUGGGAAGAAUGUGCUCAAAGGGAAACCUUGGAAGAAGCAUCCCUUCACCUGAAAAAUGUUCGCUUUGCCUCAGUUGUGAAUUCUUUCGUUGAGGAAGAAAAUUACCAUUACGUCACUAUAUUAAUGAAAGGAGAAGUGGACUUGGCUCAUGAUUCAGAACCAAAGAAUGUAGAGCCUGAGAAAAAUGAAAGUUGGGAGUGGGUUCCCUGGGAAGAAUUCCCGCCGAGGGACCAGCUUUUCUGGGGACUACAGUGUUUAAAGGAACAAGGCUACGAUCCUUUUAAAGAAGAUUUGGAUCAUCUAGUGGGAUACAAAGGAAAUCAGCUCUAG